CGGUUAAUAGAGGCAGUCUUCGUCGUGCUGCCAUACGGUAUGGCUGCGCUUUGUCGAAGUUUUCUCUUUAUUCCGAUAUUUGAACUAAAUUAUUAAUAGUAAUGUGUUAUUCAUUCAAAAGUUCAUAAAAAUAUUGCUGUAUUUUUGAAUGCUAAAUAUUAUGUUGUCUCAAAUGAAAACCAAUUCUACUAGAAAGCUGGAAGGAAAACGACCGAAAGAACUAAUGUCGUCUUCCAGUCUUUCCGGUAUGUCACAAUUAUCGAACAGCAGUGAAGAGACUUUGGAACCUCUUGUGCAUAAGCCGCACAAAUUGGAAACGACAGAAAGCACAACGAAAGACGCGAGUCCACAAAACAACGAAUGGCUAUUAAGUGGACCAAGUGGGAACAAGUCUAUUUUACGUUUCAAAUGUUCUGCAUUAGCAACUCCUCCGAAAGAACCUCCCGCGAAAAUAUUGCACAUGACCUAUAAAAUUUUUCAAACGGACACUAAACUUAUUAAUCUUUUGCUGCAAUCACACGGCUUAACAGAGGUUCCUAUGAAUGAGAUGGAUUUUAACAUUCUCUGGAUGGGAAAUCAUCCAAAACCGGAUAUUCUACGGAAUUUAAUGCCUUAUCAAAAAGUAAAUCAUUUUCCAAGAUCGUAUGAAAUAACGCGCAAGGAUCGAUUGUACAAGAACAUCGAGGCGAUGCAACGCAGCAAGGGUUUACGAAACCUGGAUUUUAUACCCCAGACGUUUCUGCUGCCCACCGAAUCGAGAGAAUUACUCACCGCGCAUUUCAGGUAUCGCGGCCCAUGGAUUGUCAAACCCAAAGCCAGCUCUCGUGGACGUGGGAUUUAUAUUGUUAAUAGUCCUGAAAAGAUCCUUACGGAUGAAUCUGUAAUCGUUGCACAAUAUAUAAAUAAUCCGUUACUUGUCGAUGGGCACAAAUGUGAUUUACGGUUGUACGUAGCCGUCACAAAUUACGAUCCGCUGUUGAUCUAUCUGUAUGAAGAAGGCUUGGUGAGAUUCGCCACGGUGAAGUACGAUGGUGGCAAUCAAUAUAUCUGGAAUCCCUGCAUGCAUUUGUGCAACUAUAGUAUUAACAAAUUCCAUGUGGAUUACGUAAAGAGCGAAGAUCCAGAUGCGGAGGACGUAGGUCAUAAAUGGACCUUAUCCGCAUUGCUUAGACAUUUACGAUCAAUGGGACAGGACACGGAAUUGCUUAUGCAACGAAUAGAGGAUAUUAUCAUAAAGUCGAUUCUCGCAACCGCCUCUGGAAUUGUCAGUGGUAUCAAGCAAUUUGUGAAAUAUCCGGAGGCAUGUUUCGAAUUAUUUGGAUUUGAUAUUUUAAUUGAUGAUACGUUGAAACCAUGGUUGUUGGAGGUCAAUUUAACGCCAUCGUUAGGUUGCGAUUCACCGCUCGAUGUUAGAUUGAAAUCGGCAUUAAUAGCCGAUUUGCUCACCCUGGUUGGAAUACCUGCGAUUGAUCCAAUGUUACGACCCCAAAGUACACAAUUAAAUCGAUCCGCAGUUACUUCCACUAAAAGAAUAGUUAACUAUAGAAGAGUACAUUCGGCUGAAACAUUGUCGCAAAGAAAGAAGAAUGCGAGCAAAAGUAAUAUCAAUAAAUCAGGAUUAACAAUUGAACAACAACGAAUAGUUGCAUCCGUAAAGGCCCAGUUCGAACGACGAGGUGGAUUUGUUCGUAUAUUUCCCAGUCCAAAAUCAUGGGAGAUGUACGCGCAAUAUUUAGAUCCAACCACUGGAAUACCAAUAGUUUCGGAUCCUUUAGGACCCGGCAGAGUUCCACAUCAAAUUAAUACGAAUCAUAAUUUAAUGUUACACGAACAAUUAUUUCCCGCAGCUAGUCGCACCACUGAUUUUAUCAUUCCCGAAGUUACCUUGGACAGAUUGUCUAGAUACGAAAGAUAUGAGAGAGCGUUGGUAAAAGGGCACAAACAAAGUUUAGAUCGCGGUCAUAGUAAAGAGAAUAUAGAUACGGAUAAGCAUAAAUAUAAGAGUCAAGUGGUGCAGUCUAUGCACGAAGGAAAUAAGCUUAGUCCUGGAGAAGCUAGAAAAGCCUUCGGUUUAUAUUUAGGACAUAUUUUGCGUAAAAUAUCGCAGCCUAAUGCGGAUCCAGCAUGUUGUGAUCUUGUGAUGAAAUUCCUUCAACAAUCAGCUAGUAAUUUAAGAACACCAUUCUUUUUUACGUUACCAAGUAGUAAAUUGAGCGAGAAAGAUCGGGCUGCAGUUACGGCUAAACAACUCUCAGACUUUUUACAUUUGUACAAUCGAGAAACAGAUCUUUAUGCGGAUACAGUCGACCGUCCACGUACUGUUCCGAAUCGACUUUUCCAAAAAUUUUUAGCUGCGGCAAAUGAACAAGAUCUAGAUGAUAUAUUAAGUUUACAAACGAGGCUAUACAAAUGCGCCCAUAGUUUUUUGGGAAGAAGCGGUUUUGCAGGAAAUCUACCUGGUCCUAAUUUGUUGGGUUCUUUGCCUCAUAUUACAUCUCGUGUAUAUUCCAACGCUGCAACUAGUGAACAAUGCAAAUAUACAUUUGCUUGUUAAAAGUGCUAUGUACGGCUGCUCUAGAACUUCCCAGUACAAGUGGACAAUCAUCCACGUAUAUAAUAUAAUCCUAACGUUUCCCAUAUUAAUAUAGCACAGAGAAUCAUCACAAAACAAAUAUUUUGGAUACGCUUGAAAAGCGCUUUAAUAUUUGCUUAUUUAUUAUAAGAUAGAAGAAAAAAGUUCGUUAUAUGAUAUUAUUGUAAUGAACUACAUAUAUCUUAAGCCUUUUUAAAAAAGUUUUCUUGGUCUCUCUAAACGAGUUCAUAUUCUUAAAUUACAAUUUUAUCUUAAAAUUAAUCUUCAACAUUAAAUCGACGAAGAUAGAUAGAGAAUUAUUUUAAAAUAAGAAUUUUUAAAUACUUAAGGAUUUAGGUUUUGCAAAUUUUAUCGUAUAAAACACGUGGCCAAUUAAAAUCGUUUUAAGGUAAAAUAGAAAUCUUAAAAAAUAAAUAAUUCAAUAAUAAAUUUUAAUAAAGAUAUGUCAUCGGCCUAAAUAGGCGAUUAAUUUACUUUUUAAAAUUAAAUUGUAGCAAAUUUAAUGAUGAAA